AAAAGCACAAGUUUGUCCCACACAACUAUCCAGUAGCGACCUUGCGUGGCGCGAGCGGAAAAACUACUGCUGCAGAAGCCAAAUUUUACUACAGGAGCUUCAAGAGCUCGUUCUUUUCCACUUCAAUUUGGCCUUCUACUUCUUGAUUUCAACAGAUAAAAAAAGAUGCCACAGUAUUCGGGUCCUUUCGCGUCCCACCAGCUUCAAGGUGGCGGGUCUAUGCCAUCGACAUCUUCGUCAACCUCAGCCAGCAGAUUGCGUCAACCCGCUCCUGUCUCAGCAGCCGGAACGACUACAGCCUACACAACUAGUACCGCCUCCUCCACCACCCGCGGCGUUCUCCUCUCUGCGUGUGCGAAUCUCGAAGAGGAAUUCAUCGUCUUCACACGGGAACUCGACGCCUUGCUGAACCGGAGAUCCACGAUCUCGAAGCAAAUUCUGAUCCGGGUGCGGGCCUGGCGAGAAAGGCUGAUGUACGUAAACGCCAAUUCCGCGUUUGAGCGGUUACGGAACCUCUACCUCGGGCUACUUUUUUACUGCCUAUCCGCCGACGACUGGAAGCACCCGCCCGUGAACAAAAUGCCCAAAGAGCAGGCGGGCCCGGUGCCGGGGCUCCCGCCCGAUGUGGUGUGCAUGCUGCGCCACCGAAUCGGGCCGGCGCUGUUGCGGGAGACGUGUGCCGUUUUGGACACGGAAGAGAGGACUUACCGGGCAAAAGUCGUGAACGGGAAUGUAAAAAGCAUGCAGCGGAUGAAUCAUUCGGCGAUGAUGGUGCAUCAGGGGCAUUUUGGAGGUGGGGGUGUAGUUGUUGAUGGGGUUAUACAGAAUUUGUUUGAAGAUGAUCCUGCUGCUGUUCAAGCCGCAACUAUAUCGGGUACUAGCUGCGCUUCAAAUAAAGCCGCUGCGAAAAAAGACGGGUUCUCUGUACAUCAGCUGCGAGAUGUGGUCGCUGCAGCGGCAGAAGGCGGGCAAGGAAUUCUGGAGCAAAGCGGUGAUGUGCUGGCACAACAGUAUCAUGAACAUCAACGACCAAAUGCGACCCUUCCGCUUUCCCGCAAACAAUCCAUCUCGCCGCCACGACGGGGCGGCGGCACUGAUAGGGAUGUUGGCGUAGGCAUGACCGCGAUUUCCAUCAUUCCAGACCAAAGUGCCCUCGUGGAGCCGAGCGCAGAGUUCGAGAACACACUGGUGGACCAAGAUCGGGCCUUGGAAACUGCUGCAGCUGCGGAACAAGGAGGUCCCGAACAAACGAAAUCGCCUGCUGGGCGAGCAGAACCUUCCGCCGGACAGCACCCGCGAUGCAGAGAGAAUAACUCAGUUUCGCCAAUGCCGAGAAGGGCAUCUUCGGAAGUUGUUGGGCAGUCUGGCCCUGUGAGGCCAGAUUCUACUGAGGAUCUUGUUUCAUCAGAUCCGGGUCAACAAGUCCAGCCAGGAAACGACCAAGAACAGCAGAAGAAUGCUGCACAGGCCUCUUCGCAGCCCGGCGUUCUCGUCUUUUACCCGGACGAUCACCAGCAUCAACUGAUCCCCGACACGGUGACCAACCGGCUUCGGCAGAAACAGGUGCACCAGCAGCCUCCGUUCAGAACCGGCCCGUUCACCCCCACGUCGCGCCGGGUCAGCAUUUCCACGGUGCCAGCGGUGAACGAAGUGUUUGUUUCGCCGGGAAGAACUACGAGUCGACCGAGAACUGGUUCAGGGGGCAUAAACCUUCAGAUACGAUCAAGAAACGCGUCGAAUUCGCCAACAUUGGAAGAGCACCAGCGGCAGAGGCUGAUCCGGCAAGAUUCCCUACAGUACACAGGUGUUGGUGCACCAGCCGCGCGACUGCCAAUAAAUGCCACGACGGCUUCGAUUGGAGGUAGCGCAGCUGUGAUUUACAGGGGUCGGUCGGGAAGUCGACCAGCGGUUCUGGUCUCGUCAGGAAACGCAGUAAGAAAUAACAACAGCCAGCUGAACAGCCAGGGCCGCGUGCGGGGAAGUCCGAAGGAAAAGGAACACGUGAUCUUGCACCACUACCACCACCACGACAACAUGCGCAUUCAAAACUUGGAGAAGCAGGUCCGCAUCCUGACGGCAGAAAACAAACGGCUGCGGACGCAGGUACUUAUCAUGGAUAUCAACAAGAGAAUAUUGUUUUUAUCUUCAUCAUGCCCGGAUGAACUUGUUUAGCGGUGCUUGUGUUGAUCAUGUUGUUCAUGCUGUAUUUCAAGAAAGAGAUGAACUUGGGCAUGUGAAGAUGACUCCUGCUGUGCAUUUACAUCCUGUAAGGUCCGCCAAGGCCAAGUGCGGGAGGAGCGGUUGCGCAACGCGAUGAGUCUCCGGGAGAAGGCUUACGUUGACGCCCCGGACGGGGAACCGUUACGGGACAACUCGGCGGUUCUAGCCUACGUGAUGCAGUCGCCGCGGAGGGACGAUCUGGAGUUGCUGGACGAUAAUAACUUCCACAACUACUCAGCGAGCAGACCGGUAGGCGCCAACAGGACGAACAGCAGUCGAAGCCCGCUGGAGGCUCAGCCCCUACCCGCUUCGCAGCAAGAGCGGAAACAGCUCAUCCAAAACCCGCCGGUCGCGUCUCUGAGCAAAAGCAUGCUGUUGGAUGGUAUAGAAAGUUUGUGAUGGUGGUGUUCUAGUACGGUUUUUAUGGCUAAUAUGGGUAUCUAUAGUAUGCAUCAUGUAGGUUCAUCUUCAUCUGCGCGUUACAUGUAGGAAAGACGAACGUCUUGAUCUUCUUUUCCAAAAAACCAGAUCAAGCCUUCCUUGCGGAACUAGACAGGAAGCUCCAGGCCGACGUUCCCUACAACGCUUUUUCGUCGACGACGCACUCGAAAUCCACGGCAUCAAACGGGGCGCCGGCUGAGGAGUUUUUGCACUAUUUGGACGAAUUUCAGUUCCAAACCAAGAGUCUGCUGGACCGGAAAGACAGUAGUAAACGAAUAAACAGCGCUUCUCCGCCAAAGUCAAGUUUGGUGGGGAAGUUUACCGGGGGGAGCAGUCCGCCGGGACACUUGCAGGUAUGUGCAUGAUGUGUUAAAAGGAACCCAAUCCUGCUUCUGUAAUUAUUCAGGGUUGCAAAAUUAUGCUGGGCAUCAAUGGCUAUGGGCAGUGGUUCACUUCUUGAGAAGUAGAAGGCAGGAGAAAUUGUAAAUCAAUCUAUCGCACAGCUUAAGGACGGCACGGUGGUUGGGGUUGCAGGGAGCGGUGCCGCGAGUGGUGACGUAGACAAUUUUUCUUCGCGAGAGCUGGUGGAUUUGAUUGACCGGAGCUUGACGAGCUGAUGCUGAUUCCAAUGUAGAGGAGCUUCGUGAACGUGGUGAUCUUUUCAGUUUCAGUUUGACAAAAUUGUGAAAAUUUCGCGUGGCGCCGUCAGCCUGGGCAAACUGACACACUAGGCAAAGCCAAUAAAUCUGGAAAAAUCAUCUUCCAGUGCUGAUGUUGAAAUGUUCUGCUCGUGUAAGUUGAUGGUCCAUGAUGUUCGUG